AUGUCGUCCCGUCGUCGCGUUAUUAAGAAAACAAGAGAUUCUGAUGAUGGUUUUGAAUGGGGUGGAGACGAGGAAUUGAGUGAGAAUCACGAAGGAUCCGACUUUGAAGAGGAGGAACCAGUGAAACCAACAAAGAAGAAACGUCCCGUUCCUACACGCAGCAGCACUAGAGAAAGGAAGAAGUAUGUAGCAGACUCCGAAGAAGACGAAGAUUUAGAUGAGGCCACCAAACCAGAGCCAACAAAGAAGAAGAAGAAGAAGACGAAGAAGGCUAUAACCGAAGCCAACGAGGAUGAAAACAACGUCAAGAUGCCAGUGAAGUUGACAGGCAAAAGAAAGAAGUCACCUCAAAAGAUACAGGAGUCAGAACCUCCCGCAAAAAAGCGUUCCCGGAAUGUCAAAGAGGAUGGUUCUGGUGCCGACACGGACGAAGCCAAAAGAUUGACAAAGAAACAUUUCAAUGGAACCAUCACGGUUGCUAUUACUGGAGCACGCGAAGGCGACAUGGUGGAAGGAUGCGCUGCGGAUACGCAGAAUGUGGUUUUGCGAGUAGAGCAAGGCACUAUUUCCGCCCCAGCUGGCAUCAGACGCUCUGUGGAAGCUCACGAGGGCCGGGAUGCUGUCGUGCAAAUGAUGGCCAAGCAGUUUGGCAUGUCCGUUUCCCAGGCCAACAUGAGAUACAACGAUUGCCCCGUGAUCGAGAACGUCCGCAACAGUCAGCCCCUCGGACAAGCUUGCACCCAUAGCGACACUACGUGCGACUGCGAGCCGGCUGCUCGUUUUGUCAUUCUCAAUCAAGGAGUCUGGCAGAAUUUUGCAGAGGAGCAUGGUCAUGGUGAGCAGCUGAAAGAAAUGGUACAGCGAGGACUGGUCGUGUGUUAUAAGGACAUCCUACGCACAAUGCAAACACCCGGACAACCCGGAGGCAAAACGCUCAUCCUUCGACCAAAGCUGUUCAAGAUUUGCGUCGGUCCAGUGACAGUUGACGAAACUACGCUGAAGGACAAGAAUAAGAUCGUUGACGCAUCUGCAUGGAUCACCGCCGGGGACAACGGAGCACCCCCAGAGACCAAAGUCUGGGAAAUUGACCAGACCUUGUUUCGCUUGCCUGUCUCUGCCAGAAGCGCUCCAACCAAGGACGAGCUUGGUGCUCUGAUUCUAAAGAGCUUGCAGGGUCUGAUUCCAGAACGCUCUCUGUCUGAAUUACUGGUGCAAAGCUGUAUCGACGCGCUUCGGGCGCUCACGGUGGGAGGUCUCAAAUCCUUGCUCCAAAAGGUGAUCCGUUUUCAUGCUGAACAGGUGGACUGCUCCUUGGUUAUGGGCCCAGAAGCACCACCUUUACCUGUUGCCUUGGUAGCAGCCACAUCCGCGGGACUCCUCUUUACCGAAGCUGGCAACUUUUCUCCUGAACUGCAGCUGUAUACAAGGGGCUGCACGUCUGCCCUGAAACGAAUGGCUGUCAUUCUUGUGGAAGAUUCGUGGGUGCACGAGGCGGAAUCGUCUGUGCUGGGGCUGUUGGCAUUGGCUCUGGCAACACAACGCAUGGCAGAAUAUCAUCCCCCGCAAUCUGUCGUUGUCGAAACGAUGCGUCUAGCGGCCAAGGCGGCGCUCUCUCCAUGUCUCAUUGCCUGGCGCAAACAGGUUGCGCCUAAGAAUCCAAAAACAGUGUCAGUGGACAAAGCCGGAAUCCGCGCUCUGAAACAAUCUGCCGUACUGUUAAGGAUUGUCAAGAGCUUUCCUGGCGAUAUGGAUAUGAUGGACUCUGUCGCAGGGCUGGCCAAGACCAAGGGUUGUUUGACAUUAACGCGGUGUCUCCCAGCGAAUCGAUUGUCGGUGAUGCCUCUGUUUCAUUGUGUCGACCAGCACACAUACCGAGGUGUCGGGCACGUUGGUCCAUCAGGGCCAACCUUUACCAAGAAGUUUCAGACCAUCUUCGGUUCAACGACGGGCUUCAAUCCGCGCCAUGCAAGCAGCGAAGGGUUCGAGGCAAAGGCAGCGGUGAAGGAGACUCGGUUUGCUCAGCGAUGUGUCGCAAGGUUUGCAUUUCACGUCCCCCUGGCUACGAUUCCUGCCCAACCAGAGACUGUCACAUUCCAGCUCUCGUUGGACUCCGGGACGCUUGCUGCCGCUGCGGGUCCGAUCCCUGUCAAGAUUAAGAUUGGAAAGGCAACAAGAGAAGUGCUGGUGAUUUUGGGUGUUCGGUGCCCCGAAGACGAAGUGGUCAUGAUGAAACCCGCAAGAGCGACCAGAGAUUUGUUUGGUAGCUUGACGGACGAGCAACGCGCCAAUGCCAUCGCGGAGGCCCGCAAGCAAACUAUCACAGCGCGCUCCCCGGUGCUCAAAAGUGCCAAGACGAUAUCGUUUCGUGACGGGUGCUGGCAGUUGGACGAGAAGCCAUGGAACCCUCAGGAGGGGCGUACUCUCGUAGUUCCCUUGGUGGAGGAACCUGUCUGGGCCAGCGUUGAUGGCGACGGUGUGGCUUCUGCUUUGAGAUCGGACGCGGCCUUGGAGGAAUCUUUGACGAAGAAGGCUCCGGCUGGUUUGGUGCCGGCUGCCGAAACGCUGAUUGGAAAGCUGGCGGCAAGUGCUGGUGAUGCCGUGACGCUACGAGCGAUAUCCAUGCUUCGCCAGCAGUACGUGAAGGUGACACUCCCCACUCCCGCCCUUGACGGUGGUUUGGGCUCUGACCAGCUGGUCGCGUAUAAGGGCGAUUGGGAGGUAUUCCGUUUACUAGCGUUGGUGGCUCGCUUCGCCCCUGGUGCCCUUCGCCCCGGCAUUCCUCCGAAUUUUGCGGUCGUUGACGCAAACCUGUUGCGCCUUGUUGAGCGAUGGAUGAUUCGUGGCAUGCGCGCGAAAGAUGAGCAAGUUCUCACCACCAACAAGUGGGCGAACAACCCGCUCUGGAGGGGGAUGGCCUCAGCGGAGCAAAAGCUCAUGGAACACCAACGGUGCGCGGUUGAAAGCAUGAAACGUCGCGAUCGAGAAGCUGGCUCGUCGAAUCAUUACCUUAUCAUGGACACAGGAGUGGGUAAGACGGUCACAUCCCUCUGCUAUCUGUACCGGUGGUUACUUCAUCACGGCCAAAACGUGACGAAAGUCAUUUGGGUGACACCCAAAGGCACCGUCGACAAUCUUAUAAAGCAAUUGCAAAUGACAUGGUCCGCACCGGUGUGGAAGGUUCCUCGUUUGAGUACAGCCAAGAAGCCGAAGCCUGGAGACGGCGACCGUUUAAUCCUGAAGGAUUAUCACAUCAAUGUAAUCCACGCCGACCAUCUUCGUGGGAUGAUCGAUUUCGGACUCACCGAGCUGGCGCCGGCAUCUGUCAUUGUCUUUGACGAGGUUGAUGAAUUGUACGCACCAACGUUGAGAACCUCGGCGGCACGUCGUCUGGCCCAGCUUUGUGCAAAGUUUGUAGCACAGACGGCCACGCCCAUGAGGAGGAAUGAAAGCCAGCUGAUGGCUUGGUUGUCGGACACAUGCUCGUUCCCAGUGGACGUGCGAAAUCUUUUGGUAGCGGCAAGUGGGAUGGUGUCGAUUCAACUGGAACUAGGAAUUGCCAGCAAGGAAGAGCUGAAUCUGGUUCCAAUGUCGGACACUGUGAGGAAGAGUCUUCGCGAACUGUUGGUGAAGCGUCGUUGGUUGCCCAUGGCACAAUUGGUGCAACAGCACACCAAUGCUGCAAUGGUUGAGCAGGCUGUGAAACUGGCGGUGGAAGACAGGAAGAAGCAUCGGGAUGGUGGUGUUCUCAUGGUGGCAGAUACCAAGGAUCAUGCCGAGAAACUCAUCGCUGCCUGCAACGCUAGAGGCAAAGUACGGGCUGGAGGGUUCGAUACCUUGGAAGCAUCAAAUGCGGCAGAGUAUGGCAUUGUGGUGGUUCCAAAGGACAAGGACCGCGGAUACAAUUCUGCCGUGAGAUUGGGUUCGAUGGUUACGGGUGUCUAUGCUGGAAAUGGCGCUUCCCGGCAUCAGAUGCGUGGCAGAUUGCGUCGGUUGGGGCAGAAGCGAAAGGUCGUUCAUUUCCACACUGUGGUGAUGGAAAACUCACUGCUUCAUCUUCUCCACAUCCGACACGAUGCGGUCGACUCCAUGAACAUCAGCCUCCAGGAGCUUGGUGACAAAUUCUCUGCGGAUGUUUUGAUGGCUCUUGAUAGGUCCGAGAGAUGA